AUGGCUCUCCUCUUUUCUCUCUUUCUUUUAAUAACAACUUGCAUAAUCUUCACAUCACAAGCUCAAACAACAGUUUCCAACAUUUCUUUAGCUUCUUCUCUUUCGCCAACCGGUGAUUCACAUUGGUUAUCAGAGUCUGGUCAGUUCGCCUUUGGUUUUUAUCCUUAUGGAAAUGGCUUCGCUAUAGGCAUAUGGUUUCAAAACAUUCAGCCGAGAACCAUCGUAUGGACGGCAAACCGAGAUGAAACGCCGUUUUCGAGCCAUGCCACGUUGCUUUUCAACACGGAAGGUAGGCUUGUUGUGCAAGAGAAUCAAGGACGGGAGAUAAGCAUCAUUGGAAAUGCGAGUUUUGCUUCCUCAGCUUCCAUGCUUGACACUGGCAACUUUGUGCUGUUUAAUUCAAGUUCAGAGAUCAUAUGGCAGAGUUUUGAUUACCCAACAGACACCAUUUUGCCCGGUCAGCGGCUUUCCCCCGGUCACCGGCUGGUUUCCGAUGUAUCCGAAGCGAAUCAUACGAGUGGCAAGUUUCAAAUCGUGAUGCAGCCAGAUGGGAACCUGGUGCAAUAUCCAAUGGGUGCAGUAAAACAUAAUACUGCUUACUGGAGUGCUGGAACAUUUACUGCGGGAGAUAAUGUGACCAUGAAUCUUGACAAUAAUGGUCAUCUUUACCUCCUGAAUGCUACCGGAUUCAUUAUAAAAAACUUUACCGAGACCGUUAGCGUCUCUCGUGACCCCAUCCACCGAGCAAGUAUCGAUGCGGAAGGUAUAUUUCGAGUGUAUUCACAUAGUUCUAACCAAUCUGGUAAUUGGUCCAUCCGAUGGUCAUCCACUGAGAAUAGGUGUGAUCCCUAUGGCUUGUGCGGUGUGAAUAGUUACUGUACUUUGAUGGAUAGGAAUCCUAUAUGCAAAUGUCUCCCUGGGUUCGAUUUCAUCGACCCGGACUGGACUGACUCAGGAUGCAGAAGAAAUUAUUCAGAAGAUGCCUGCAUCAGAAAGGAUCAAAACUUAGAUGUUCAAGAUAUGAACAGUUUGUCUUGGGAAGAAGAUCCUUAUGCUACGUUCGAAUCAAUAUCCAAAGACGAUUGCAGAGAAGAAUGUAGAAGAGAUUGUAACUGUGAAGUUGCCAUAUAUAAAAACUUAAAGCAAGUUUGCCACAAGUUGAAACUACCAUUAAGAUUCGGGAGAAGAGGAACAGGAGGCAGAGUGACAACGUUCGUGAAAAUGGUAACCGGUUUUCAGACAAUACACGAAGGCCGAGUUAAAAAGAGUAAACUCCGAAUGGACUUUUUCAUUACCGGAAUUGCAUCUUUGACGGUCGCGUUUCUCGUUUUAGCGCUCUCCGGUGUUAUUAUAUACCGGCAUCGGAUUCAACAGUACAAAAGGAUUUCUGACCAAAGAGAUGCUAGAUUUGUGGAGGAUGUCACAUUGAAAUCGUUCACAUAUGAAGAGCUAAAGAGUGCAACUAACAAUUUCAGGGAUAGCAUCGGUAGAGGCGCGUAUGGGACGGUUUUCCGAGGAAUCAUAUCGAACGGGAGGCGGAUCGUAGCAAUCAAGAGACUAGAGAGAGUGGUGGAUGAUGGAGAAAGAGAUUUCAGAAAUGAAAUGAAAGCAAUUGGGAAAACUCAUCAUAGGAACUUAGUUCAAUUACUUGGUUAUUGCUAUGAUGGGACGAAUAGGCUCUUGGUGUAUGAGUACAUGAAAAAUGGGUCACUUGCAGAUUUUCUCUUUAAGUCCAAUUUAAAGAUAAAUUGGGAAGGUAGACUUGCAAUCAUAUUGAACAUAGCUAGAGGGAUCUUUUACUUACAUGAAGAAUGUCACAUCCAAAUCAUCCACUGUGACAUCAAACCCGAAAACAUACUGAUGGACGACAAAGGGCACGCGAAAAUCGCGGAUUUUGGUUUGGCCAAGCUACUACUGCCUAACCAAAGCAAGACAUUUACAGAGAUAAGAGGGACAAGGGGAUAUGUUGCACCGGAGUGGCAUCGAAACAUGCCUAUAACUGCGAAAGCCGAUGUAUAUAGCUUCGGAGUAAUGUUGUUUGAGAUCAUUUGUUGUCGUCGAAGAACGGAAACGAAUGUACCGGACAAUGAAGCAAUGCUUGUGGAUUGGGUGUAUGAUUGUUUCAAGGCUAAUGAGGUGAACAAGCUAGUGCCUGAAGAUGAAGUGGAUAAGAAGAAGCUAGAGAGGGUGGUUAAGGUAGGGCUAUGGUGCACGCAAGAUGAGCCAUCAUCGAGACCAUCAAUGAAGAAGGUUAUAUUGAUGCUGGAAGGGACUGUAAAUAUAGCUGAUCCUCCAUGUCCUACCUCCAUUGUCAGCUCCCAAAGUUUGGAAUGA